GCCGCUAAGUUGGAUUUUUAUAUUUUCUCUCCUCAGUUGGAGAAUCAGCCACAUUUUUAAUGAUAAUUUUCGAGGGUAGCAUAUCGGGGGCGGAGCCCUUCGAGGCCUGGCGGCUUUUUAAAAUGUGAAUGGUAGUUGUGCCCUUUGACACUUUGCCCCCUUGUGUUGUGGAAGAGGGUGGAGUUUGCUCAUCACUUUGCCCCCUAAAGAUGGUGCGCGUCUAAAUAAGGAACUUGUCCCGUAGUUGCAAAGGCAGUGGCUUGUCUCAUUUCGAAGCACGUUAUAUCUUUUGAGCACUAUCAAGACAACGUGAAAAUGGCUACAGCCAUACCCGAAGGAUUUCAUUAUGAGACCAGAUAUGUUGUCUUGAAUUACUUGGGGCUGGUUUCACAAGAAAAGACUCCAGAACAAACAGGGGAAGGAACACAAUCAACAGAGAGGCCUCCUUUGCAAAGGAAUAUAGCUGAGAAAAUUAAGGCUGAAAUUAAAGAAGAACUCCAUCUCCUGCAUAAUGACAUCAAUAAAGCCUUUAGUAGUACAGGAUUUGACUGUCACACAUCUCCAGUAUUUAGUCCAGCAAAUCCAGAAAUUUCAAUAGAAGACUGCCUGGCUCAGCUUGGAGAAAAAGUAUUCCGGGAGUUUGCCGUGCAACUGCAGACAGCCCUACAGAAUGUUCUGAGCAAGCCACUUGAAUAUGAGGUAUACAAAGAGCAAGCAAAUCUGGUUGCUACUAAUACCAGUGGGUGGAAUAAAGUUCUGAUCUCUUUAGUGUUGUUGCAGCAGCUGCUAGCCAGUCACCACCAGCAGCCACUAAGGGAACUAGUGGAACUUGGAGUGAAGUACAUUGAGGAGACUGAUGCUGAUUUUAUCAUUCAGCAAGGAGGAUGGGGAACUGUUUUUAGUCUGGAUUCUGAAGAGGAAGAACAAGGAGAAACUGUAGAUGACAGCAACGAUAUUUACAUCUUAACAAGUGACAACUCUGGUCAAGUAAGUCCUCCUGAACCACUAACUGCCACCAGUUCUUGGCAGGCAGCUGGCUUGCCAGCUUCACUAUCUACUAGCCAAAGCUGGCAUACUGAAAGCAUGCCAGUUUCUCUUGGAACAGAGUCUUGGCAACAAUUGUCCAUAGACCCAGAGGACAUGAAAAGCUUGGACAGUAAUGGUGGUGGUGAAGAGAGAAGUGAAAACAACUCUUCUAAUUCGGAUAUUGUCCAUGUAGAAAAAGAGGAGCUUCCUGAAGCUGUUGAAAGCCAGGAGAUUGAAUUAAAAACUCCAAGGUUUGCAGCAGAAAUUAAAUCAGCACCCCUACUUUCGCAACAGACUGCACAUAUGGAGGUAAAGCCUUCUGCUGAAAUAGGGAAAGCUGAUACUUUUUCAGAAGUUGCUAUUGGACUUAUUACUGAUGUAGAGGAAAAACCUGUAACACCAGCAGAAGAAAUGGCUGUUGAAUCCAGCAAACCACAUCAGUCAACUUCGCUGCAAGAAAUAAGAAAGCAAUUGGAAGAGAUUAAAAAAGGAGUCUGGGAAGAUGAAACAAAAACCAAACCAGAAGAGGAUGUUGGAAAAGGUGAAAAGGUUGAAAUAAUGCCUUUGGCUAAAUCAGAGGAAGCUGAAGAAAUUGUUCCUGCAAAAUCAAAUGCAUCUGUUUUGAUUUAUGGUGGAGCUGCUGCAUUUGCAAUGCUAGCUGUGGCUGUAGGGGUGGUGCUAGCCUGGAGAAGAAGAUUUUAAUCAUGAACAAAUCAUCAGUGUUUGGGAAGGCUUUUGGUUCUACAAUUGAUUUAUUAUGACUAAUUAAGCCUAUUUAUUCAGUUGCAUUGCAGAAAAUGUGAUCAAUGAGGAAAAUCAUGGUUAAUAGGGAUAGAUAACACAUGCAUGAAUGCUGGGCAAUACUAAUAUAUUGAGGAAAUAAACUUAUAAUGGAAAGGAAACUGUGGAGUAUGGAAGCUGUUCUUUCUGUAUGCAGUGCAAUCUUUGCUGAUUUAAAUUUCUAAAUAGCACUGAAGUGUUAAAUCAUUGAAGAGGAAAGAAGCCCUUUUGAAACUGGAGCAUUGGUAGAGGAAAAACAACUGUAAAGUUCCGUUGUGGGGAACUAAGUAUUCAGGUCUUGGUUAGCUGAGACCUUUUUUUUAUAUAAUCUGAAUUAAUUCAUUCUUUGUCAUUUUGGUCCUUUUUAGCUGCUAGUAACAUUACUUUCUAUUCUUAAUGUUAGCCUUGAGAGCUGUGACAUUAGUUUGAAUUCAUUCAGAUCUACUUCUGCUUGUAUAUUUUACUUUGCCUUCUUCUCUACUUGUAUUUGGUUUGAUUUAUUUUCAUAGAUAAUGAAACACUUCUGAUUAUUAAUGAGAACUUCAUUUGGUCAUGUUUUUGUGCAUAACGUUAAAAGUAAAAUUUAAUGUAGGUAUUUUUUCACUGCUGUUACUAAUGCCAAGAUGAUGGAUGUGGUGUUCUAUGACUUCACAAGGUAGUUAACUUGUGCUUAGUUGGAAGUCUGUAUGUAACCUCAUUCUUACUGUUGUUAAGAUGACACAUGCUCCCCAGUGAAACAGAAGUUGAUUUUCAAAACAGCUCAGUGGCUUUUUUAAGUGCCAGCUUUGCAAUUUGUACUGAAUUUCAAAAAUGAGUCAUAAUAAAAUAUGGACUAUUGUGAGUGUAAAA